UGCUACCACUCAGUGGAUUUGUAACUGGCUGACUGACCGAACCCAAAGGGUGCUCAUCAAUGGUUCCUCUUCAUCCUGGAGAAGAGUGACUAGUGGGGUGCCACAGGGUUCUGUCUUGGGCCCGGUCUUAUUCAACAUCUUUAUCAAUGACUUGGAUGAUGGACUCAAGGGCAUCCUGAUCAAAUUUGCAGAUGACACCAAACUGGGAGGGGUGGCUAACACCCCAGAGGACAGGAUCACACUUCAAAAUGACCUUGACAGAUUAGAGAACUGGGCCAAAACAUACAAGAUGAAUUUUAACAGGGAGAAAUGUAAAGUAUUGCACUUGGGCAAAAAAAAUGAGAGGCACAAAUACAAGAUGGGUGACACCUGGCUUGAGAGCAGUACAUGUGAAAAGGAUCUAGGAGUCUUGGUUGACCACAAACUUGACAUGAGCCAACAGUGUGACGCGGCAGCUAAAAAAGCCAAUGCAAUUCUGGGCUGCAUCAAUAGGAGUAUAGCAUCUAGAUCAAGGGAAGUAAUAGUGCCACUGUAUUCUGCUCGGGUCAGACCUCACCUGGAGUACUGUGUCCAGUUCUGGGCACCACAGUUCAAGAAGGACACUGACAAACUGGAACGUGUCCAGAGGAGGGCAACCAAAAUGGUCAAAGGCCUGGAAACGAUGCCUUAUGAGGAACGGCUAAGGGAGCUGGGCAUGUUUAGCCUGGAGAAGAGGAGGUUAAGGGGUGAUAUGAUAGCCAUGUUCAAAUAUAUAAAAGGAUGUCACAUAGAGGAGGGAGAAAGGUUGUUUUCUGCUGCUCCAGAGAAGCGGACACGGAGCAAUGGAUCCAAACUACAAGAAAGAAGAUUCCACCUAAACAUUAGGAAGAACUUCCUGACAGUAAGAGCUGUUCGACAGUGGAAUUUGCUGCCAAGGAGUGUGGUGGAGUCUCCUUCUUUGGAGGUCUUUAAGCAGAGGCUUGACAACCAUAUGUCAGGAGUGCUCUGAUGGUGUUUCCUGCUUGGCAGGGGGUUGGACUCGAUGGCCCUUGUGGUCUCUUCCAACUCU